AUGGAAGGCAAAAGCUAUAAUCCAUUCGUGAAAGUUCCUUUGGAUGAAGAGAUUGUGAUUUCCGGUAUUGCCGGACGGUUUCCUAACGCUGACAAUAUGAAGGAGUUGCAAGAAAAUCUUUUUAACAUGAUAGAUCUGGGCUCGAGCGACAAUCGACGGUGGGACAUCGUCCACUAUGACAUGCCAAAUCGAUUGGGAAUGAGUAAUAACGUAGACAAAUUCGAUGCGCAAUACUUUGAUAUUUCAUCUGUGGAAGCUCAUACCACCGAUCCCCUGUGCAGAAUGUUACUGGAGCACACUUAUGAAGCGCUUAUCGACGCCGGUGUAAAUCCUGAAAAAUUGCGCGGAACGAAAACCGGUGUCUUCAUAGGAUCGUGUUACCCUGCGACACUCAACGUAUUGCUGUAUCACAAUGCUGAAGUAGCUGGAUUCCCAAUAAUUGGCUGCGGUAAACACUGGCAGGUAAACAGCAUUUCUAACUGGCUUGGUCUUACCGGACCAUCUUAUAUCGUGGAUAUGGCCUGCAGUUCAAGCCACUUCGCUAUUGCAGAAGCUUACAGAAUGAUACGAGGUGGCGAAUGCGAUGCAGCUAUCGUGGGUAGUAGCAAUCUGUGUCUUCAUCCCAACGAAACGUAUCAGUUUUUUCAUCUCGGAGUCCUCUCCGCUGAUGGUUAUUGCAAGCCAUUUGAUGCCACUGGUACUUUAGUAGGAGAUCCAGUAGAAAUUAACGCCAUCGAUCAGGCUUUAUGUUCAAGGAGGACUACUCCAUUGUUGUUGGGUUCUGUGAAAUCAAAUCUCGGGCAUUCUGAACCUACUAGCAGCCUUUGUCAAGUGGCCAAAGCGUUGAUAGCAAUGGAAACUGGCAUUAUUCCACCAAACAUAUACUACGAGACACCGCGAAAGGAACUUAUGCCUAUAAUCGAAGGUAGAAUAAAAAUCGUCACUGAACCUACUUCAUGGAAUGGUGGUUACAUUGGUAUUAGUUCCUUUGGAUUUGGCGGCGCAAAUGGUCACAUACUGCUGAAAUCGAACCCUGAAAAUAAGAUUGACAUUAAAACCUUGGGUGACUUACCUAGACUUGUAGCGGUAUCUGGUCGUACUGAGGAGGCUGUUCAGACUCUAUUAGAUGAUUUAAGUUUAACUAAAGAUGACGCGGAAUAUAUAGCUCUUCUGCACAGCAUUCAUGCAAAAGAUAUUGAGGGCCAUCCGUACAGAGGAUAUACCAUUGCUGGAUCCGAAGUUACUGUUAAUCAAAUAAGAAAAGUUGGAAACUGCAUAAGCCCAAAAAGACCAAUCUGCUUCGUACUUCCUGGAACAGAAGUUAAAUGGCGUAACGUAGAGCUGAUGAAACUAUCGGUGUUCGCAAAGGCAAUUGAGAAAUGUAAUGAAAUAUUAAAGCAGCGGGAUAUAUACGUUAUGGAUAUUAUAAUGAAUGAUAAUAAAACCACCAGCAAUAACAUCGUAACAUCAUUCGUAGCAAUUAUUGCUACACAGAUUGGAAUAGUGGAUCUCUUAACACACGUUGGUAUUCUACCCGAUUACACGAUAGGUCACUCCAUUGGUCAACUUAUAUGCGAAUACGUUGAUGGACGUUUUACUGUCGAGAAAACAAUUUUGGCGGCGUAUUACAUAGGCACGGCGUUUGAGCAAGCCAAGUCCCAGAUUGAGGACAUUACUACAAAUCGAGGCAGUUAUAUUGAUAUUCUUAGAUCAAAACUUAUCGAGCAUCUCAACCGAAUAUUAUUGGCGGAACCUUCGAAUAGCCGUGGUGUAACACAAUUGGGCAGAUCACGAAGCAAACGCGACAUGUUUGAGACAGCUGUAGAAUAUUAUGCAGACGGUAUCCUAAAUCCAAUACCAUUACGAAACAUUAUACCUUUUUUACCGAAAGAUACGAUACUCGUCGACAUAAUACCGCACAAUGCUGUUCAGUCGAUCAUGAAAAAUUCGGUGGAGUCAAUAAUCACGUUGAUUUCAUUGUAUAAAAGCGGCGAAGAACAUACUUUACAAGACUUUUUAGAAGGAAUCGGAGAUCUUUAUAGUGUAGGACUUCAGCCACAGAUUGCAAGUUUGUAUCCGCCAGUGGAAUUUCCUGUUAGUCGCGGGACACCAAUGAUAUCUCCUCUUAUUAGAUGGGAUCAUUCUGAGGACUAUCUCUUGUACCGUUAUGUAGGUGAACCUAAAAUUUACAGCAGAGUAAGAGUCGUCAAUAUUACAACCAGUGAGGAAGAUUUUGAGUAUAUGUCUGGUCAUAUAAUCGACGGAAAAAAUUUGUUACCAGCUAUGGGUUACCUUUAUGAAAUUUGGUACACGAUUGGGUUAUUGAGCGGCAUUGAUCGCAGUAAUAAUUUUGAGAUUAUAAAGGGAGGAAACGUGAUCGUCAGUGGAGUCGUGAGGAUUCCUGAUAAUAUUGCGAAUGAAAAGCUACUCGUUCAUUUUCUACCUAAGGACGACGAUGCUAAAGAGUGCAUGAAUACCGCAGAUAUAGCCGUACACGUCUAUGAUUCUUUCGACGCCAUUGUAUCCGGAGGAAUAGAAAUUUAUGGUCUAAAAGCUAUGGCCAUAUCUCGCCGAGUGAUACAUGCUCAACCUGUACACGAAGAAUACAAGUUCAUUGCUUACCGAGGUCAUAACACGAUCUCCUUGAAAGAUGCGAUUCUACUGGAGGAUCUAGUUACUCCAAUUGUCCACAAAGUUCUGUGCAACUUGUCGUUAGUACGACCUAAUCUCACGUUGGUUGCGACGGAGAACAGAUACGACAGCUCCUUAUUACCAUCUAAUGUAUCGAUCAUACAGCAUAACGAAGUGUUAAAGGGCGACACGUUCCUGAUGGUCGUUGGAGUUCGAGUAUUAACGAAAGAUGCACGCACAUUACUGUCCAAUGUAAUGCCUGGCGGCUUUCUGUUUAUCCGAGAGGACCUAAACGCCACGUACGACAAUGAGCUGCUGCAACAAUACAAUUUGGAUAUCAUCUUGGAGAAACGCAUGGAACGGGAAUCGGUGUUGCUCCUGAGAAAGGCGCAAAGUGCCAUAAUAAGAAGAGAAAUUGUGCACAUAAACAAUUACGAGUUUUCGUGGAUCGGAAAGCUCAAAUCCGUGAUGGACGCCGAUAAUGAGACGAACUCAAGAGUAAUACUUGUUACGGAAGAUAACCCUGAGUGCGGUGUCUUAGGACUUGUAAAUUGUUUGCGAAGGGAGCCAGGCGGUGAUACAGUUAGAUGUGUCUUCAUUCAGGAUAAAGAUGCGCCCAAGUUCUCUUUGCAGGAACCUUUCUACAUGAAUCAGUUGCGACUGGACUUACCCAUUAACGUCUUACGUCCCGGCGAAGUUUGGGGCUCUUACAGGCACUUGUCAGUACCGUCACUGGAACCGAUACCUGUGCAGUACGGUUACGUCGCUCAAAGAAUUCGAGGUGAUAUGAGCACGUUGCGCUGGCUCGAAGGAGAAACAUCUUCCAAAAUCAAGCAUGAAAAUAUCAUACGUAUAAUUUACACGACACUGAAUUUCAAAGAUAUUAUGAUAGUAAAUGGUAAAUUAGAGUUGAAAUCCUUUCAAACAUUUGCACGAAAUAUCGAUUCCUUAUUAGGCAUGGAAUUUGUCGGAUAUAACGAGUCUGGACAAAGAAUAAUGGGGUUAUGUCGUAACAGAGGAAUAUCAAAUGUAAUCUACGGCUAUUUUAUGUCCUGGGUUAUUCCUGAUGAAUGGACAUUCGAAGAUGCUGCUACAGUUCCGUGCGUUUAUGCAACAAGCUAUUAUGCUCUCUACCAGAAAGGAAAGAUUAAGAAAAGAGACAAAGUUCUCAUUCAUUCGGGCACCGGCGGUGUCGGCCAAGCCGCUAUUCACCUCGCGCUUUACGAAGGAUGCGAAGUAUUCACGACUGUCGGAACUUUGGAGAAACGACAAUUCAUUAGAGAAACCUUCCCUUCGAUCCCUGACGAUCAUAUCGGCAAUUCUCGCGACACAACUUUCGAACAAAUGAUCUUGCAGCAGACAUGCGGUCGAGGAGUGGAUAUCGUAUUGAAUUCUUUAGCUGAUGAGAAGCUCCUGGAGGCAUCUGUUCGCUGCUUGGCAAAAGGCGGCCGAUUUUUAGAAAUAGGAAAUUAUGACUUGAUCGUCGAUAAUACCCUAGACAUAAUGGUUUUCGCAAAAGGCAUCAGUUUCCAUGCGAUUAUGUUAGACAAUGUAAUAAAUUCCGUCACAAUGAAGGAAGUUAUAUAUAACUAUAUUUUGCAUGGUCUGAAAAACGGUACGAUAAAACCGCUUCCGAGGAAAGUCUUCGAAAAGAUCGAAGUAGAGGCUGCCUUUAGGUAUAUGGCAGCACAUAGGAAAGGUAAUUUCUCGGGCAGACUAAAAAUUCAUGUCUUUAGUAUCCUGAUAAAAAUGCGCGAUGAAAACGAGCCGUUGGAUCUUCCCAUUCUCGCUUAUCCCAGAUUUUUCUGCAAGUCGCACAUGUCUUACGUCAUUCUGGGCGGCUUAGGUGGCUUCGGUCUGGAAUUGGCCGACUGGCUGAUUCUUCGAGGAGCAAAGAAUCUUCUUCUGACUUCGCGGGACUGCGAUGCAGGAUUGCGAAACGGUUACCAGCGCUCGAGGGUGGAACUAUGGAAGUCUUAUGGAGUGAAUGUGCAGAUUAUCGCGGGUGUUGAAGCAUCUGAUCACAAGGACGGCGCGUUCAUCUUGAAAACUGCCGUUGAAAUGGGACCGGUGGACGCUAUAUUCAACUUUGCCGUAGUGCUGAAAGAUUCUCUGUACCAGAAUCAAACCACUGAGUCCUUCGAGGAAACAUUCAAACCGAAAGCAAUGGCGACGAAGACAAUGGACAAGUUGUCUAGGAAAAUGUGCCCUGACCUUCGAUACUUCGUUGUCUUCUCGUCCGUCUCGUGCGGCCGAGGAAACGCCGGGCAAACUAAUUACGGUAUGGCCAACUCUAUCAUGGAGAGGAUAUGCGAGAGGAGAGUACAAGACGGAUUACCUGGUAUGGCUAUACAGUGGGGCGCGGUGGGUGAUGUGGGUCUCGUGGCCGAUAUGCAAGAGGACAAUAAGGAACUGAUCAUCGGCGGGACUCUGCAGCAGAAAAUACAGUCCUGUCUGCAGUCGCUGGACACUUUCAUGAUGCUAAAUCGGCCGAUCGUGGGCAGUAUGGUUGUGGCAGAGAAGCGCGCGGAACUAGGUGGAGUGAUGGACAUUUUGGAAACCAAUGCUAGUAUCAUAAGUAAUCUUCUCUAA